UUUCAUGGCCGCCUGGCGCAUUUUUCAAAAAGAUUCAAAAUAAAAGACGCUUGCAGGCACUGGUACUAACGUCAAUGAACAAUGGGAUUCAUAGCGGAUGUUCUUAAAUCGUGUUUUUCAAGACUUAAAGUUGCUGAUUUGGAGCAACUUAUUAGACAAUGGGGAUAUUUGAACAAUGACGAGUUAAGCCAACUUGACUUCUCAAAAUCAAAACUCUGUGUCUUUCGAGACGUUUUGAGUUUCUGUGAGGACAAGAAAAGACAUAUAGAAGCUUUAAGAAAAGUAAAUGACUUGGACUUAAUGUGUACUGUGAAAAACUCAACAAAGAAGAAAUGGACCAUGUAUAGACUGCAAGAUAAAAAAUCAGGGUCAAAAGAAAAUUGGUUUUCUGAUCCAGAAAAAUUCAAAAGGAAACUUCAACAACAAGUUGACCUCUACUUUGAUUCAGCUGCCUCUGUGUCUGUCACCCUCCAAGAUGGUGCUCUGUGGUGCAGACUAUACCUCCCUUCAGGAAACCACUUCAUGACUGCCAAUGCUGUGUACUUGAUUCACUACCCCAACUCCCAUUGCUUUGCUAUCUCCGCCUUUAAAGUGUCAGUCCAGAAUUUCUUGUUCCAGUGUCUGUCCAACUUAUUUGGCUACCACACCCUGACCAGCAUGAAUUUGUCGGGCCUACAGUAUAAGUCUCUGUUUCAACUGGCCUUCAACAAGUUGGGAGAAACAUCCUUUGGAAAACUUUCAGAUGUUCAGAGUCUUCCCUUCAUCAGUAGACGCAAGCGGAAAGCAGAAGAAAUAGAACGAGAACCAAACCUGAGGUCAGAGGAUGUCGCCAUGAAGCGUCAUAGAUCUCUAAGUUUGGAGGCGGCCUUUGGGGAGUAUCAGCAGCCUGUUUUGGAAUCUCUGCGAUUUAAGGUUGAAGCAAAAUUUAUGGGAAAGAAGAACAUUGAAAACUUUCAAGAUGAUGGAGAGCCAUUUAGAUGCUGUGUAAAGUUUGAAGGACCAUCAGUUUUGGAUGGAGUUCGGAAUUUAGCAAGUUGUGGACUAGCCAAUGAACCUCUUCCUAAACAUCUACUCAGAGUGAAUUCAUUGGGAACAAACAAUUUUGUGCUAAAAAGUAAAGAAAAGUCAUGAUCAUCAAAUGGACGUGGAUGGACAUUUUUACUGGUAAACGUAUCAGUGAACUAUCAACAAAAAAUUGAGAUUGUGAUUUGGCAUGACUUUUAUACGACUUCUUACAUCAGUAUUGUGAUUGAACCUGACAGAGUUUUAUAUAGCUGUUUUACUUGUUAUUAUUUUGUUACUUAAAAAUAAAUUUUUCUAGCACAGUUAA